AUGUCUCAAUUACGGAACAUCUGUCGUUCAUACAAACAUGAAGAUAACAACAAGGAUAACGAGGAUUCUCAUCGUCAUGCUGAUGACAGCUGUUGUUCUUCUUCUUCUCAUACGAUGAAUUCUACAUGGAUGAUGAAACAAUUCCAACAACAACAACAACAAACAACAACAUCCGAUGAUGACAACACACCAAACAAAUUCAUUUUCUUUCAAGUCGAUACAAGUCUUUUCGGUGAUUCAAUCACAACAUCCACAACACUCACAACAACAACAAUGAAAAUCACAACAUCCACAUUAAUACAUGAAUCUUCUCAUCACUCCUUUCGUCCUCCACAUGUUCAUGCUCCUCCUCCUCAUCAUCAUCAACAAGCAUCUUGGAGGUUCAGUAUCCAAGUCAUGAUCAUCAUCACUUUCUUUCUCUUCCUUUUAAUUCAACUCUUCAAUGAACAACUCUUUUCUACAACGACGACAAGUGGCAUGUUCAUCCAUCACAACAACACGACAAGUUCUUUCAUCAACAACAACUAUAACAACAAUAGAAUGUUAUUGUCCCAUCAAUAUAUUCAUCAUCGGGCGAUUCGUGUUGGUUUUGUCGAAUCGUUCUUUGUUCUUGCUUCUCAUCCCUCAAUAGAGACGACGCCACAAGUUGUCUCAUCAUCAUUCUCAUCACUCUCAUCAUUCUCAUCAUUCAAUUCAGUAGAAUCUUGUACACUCGCGUUGGAACGAUGGACACAGUUGACCACUUUACACGAUUUUAAAUUUACACCAAAUUUGUAUGGUUCAUGGCGUUUGACACAUUCACCUGAAACUGCACCUCCCUUCAUGAUGGGAUCGUAUGUGAUGCAAGAUCCCAUGCCUUGUCCAGAUUUAAUUGAAUUUACUUCCAUUUCAGUGAGUGCCUCUCUCUAUCGAGAAACUUAUUUUGGAAUUCACAUAGAAGCCAUUUUCAACCAAACAAAUUUCAAGACUAAUUUGUGGGCUGUCAGUUUUCAACCUCGUUUUUCACCUGUGUUUUUUGAAAUGUUUGCUCAAGUUCAACAAACAAAUACGAGUAAUGGUUCAGAAAUUUCAAUUUUGAAUCAAGAAUUAAUUUCGAACCAGACAUUGAGUGAUGGUUCAUUUAAGAUUUUACAAACAGGAUCUUCACAAUACAUGCAACCCUUGUUGAUGCGAAAAAAAGUUUCUGGAUUUCAAGUGACUUUUCAAAUGAAGCUUGAUGACUUGUUUGUGACAAGAAAUGUCAAUGACACAUUCACAACGAAUUUCACCACCACCACCACCACUACUAGUGACAUCAUGUCAACAACAACAACUAACAAACCCUCUCUAAGAACAUUCCUAGUUUCAAACACUCGUGAAUUACCUAACAAGAUAGAAUCCAAAUUCAGAUUCCAAUUACUCUAUUCAAAAUAUCAACUUCCUUUUUCAUUUCCUAUUCAAGUCAAGACUCCCUAUGGCAUCAAUUCCUUAUUAUUCGAUGGAGUCUUUUCAUUGAAUGAUCCAGCACAAGAUGAUUCCUUAAAUCUUCAAAAGAGAGUACCUGUUGCCAAUAAUGCCAUUUCAACCAUUAUUGUCAUUGUGAAUGGAAUCAUUGCAUUAACCAUUUUAAGUUUAUUGAUCAUUUUUAGAAAUACUGAACCUAGAGCAUCGCGUGGUUAUUUGCCUUAUGUCAUUUUCAUUCAUGUAUUCAUUAAUUUUGCAAAGGAUUUUGUUCAAUCAUUUUAUGGAGAGGAAUAUUUAUUGAUUGCAUUUGUGUUUUGCACUCUGUCGGUUUUGAGUUUUAGUUAUCUCAUGUAUUUCUUGAAUACUUUAUUAUUUUUCUAUAAGAGGAAGGUGUACAAUGAUGUCUAUCAAAAGAUGAAACGAGAUUCACUUUUGGAUCGUAAGAAAUCUUCAAGUGAUGCCUAUUCAUCGCCGUCAACACUUGGCAACAACAACAUGUUGGUAUCCACCGAAAAUGGAACUGUCACAACUGUCAACCAUUCUUUGACUCACAUUGUUCACCACACACCAGAUCUUUCCAUUCAUCAUCAAAAUAAUAAUAAUAAUGGAAUUCAACCUGUGGAGAAACAAGUCCUGACACCUUCAAAUCCAACAACAGGAAUCGAACUUUCCCUCACAACCACCACAAACACAACUACAAACAUAACCAACAUAACCAACACAACCACAACCACAACCAACACAAUCAACACUUUUCCCAUGAAUCAUUCAGUCAUUCAAAACAAUUCCUUGUCAUCAACAUCAUCACCACCAAACGCCUCAAAUCCUGCUGUGAGUAAAAACAGUUUCGAUCCAGUCAAGACAGAACAUUCCAUGACGACAAGUUUGACAUGGGUGAAAUCAAGAAAAGUUCGAUGGAUUUCAGCCAUUUGUGUUGCGAUGGUGGUAUUGCUCUCGUUGAGUGCCAUCGUUCCAGUGUUGAUGCUGUCAAGUGUCGCGAACGUCUUGUUGACCAUUUAUGCCGUUCUUGGAGUUUUAGUCACCAUUGGUUCUGUACUAGUCAUUGGAUCACUCUCAUUCGAUAUGAUGUGGAAUUGGAAACGUCUCUUUUACAAAUGUGAAUGGAAAGCUUACUUUUUCAGAAAUGAUCCACUCUAUUAUCGAUUGGAACUUUUCAUUCACAUCCUUUCCGCGUUGUUUUAUUUGGCUUUGUCCAUUUCACUUCUCAUUCAAAGAGAUCAAAUAGAUAAUUUAUCAUUACUGACUUCACAAACGUAUAGAGGUGUCGCUCCAAUUGCAACUUUUGUCUCUCUUCCAAUUGAAUGUUUGGCUGUCUUUUUUGAAAUGAUGGCAGCUGGAGGUGGAUUUAUUUGUCUCAUGACUGCAUAUGAGAAAAUUCGAUUGAGAAAUCAAGAGAAGUCGAAGAUGGAGACUUUGGAUUUGAUCAGUGUGGAUGAUGAACAUUCACAAGAAGAAGAAUUUCCAUCUUCUGCACAACUUGAAAAGUCAUCUUGUUCAUUUCCUAAAAUGAGAACCAAUAUCCAUUCUCCUUUAAUGGAAUUGUUGGGUGAGGAUUUGUCGAGACUAUUCAUUGAUGAUAAGGGUUAUGAAUUAUUGAGAUUAUAUUCGAAAAGUGAAUUUUCGAUUGAAAAUGUGGCAUUUAUUAAUGACAUUGAAAAGAUUUAUUCACAACUUUUUUGUGACAUUGAGACAAAUUCUCUCAAACAGAGACGAGGCAGUGGUGGCAGUACACCAAGUUUUUCACGUUUGAUCAAACCUACACUCAAACAAAAUCUGCGUCGUGAAGUUUUGGACUCGGUUUACAGUACAUUAUGUCAAGAUUUUUUUGAUCUCUAUGUGAGUGAUCAUGCAAAACUUCCAGUGAAUUUUUCAUUUCAAUCCAAAGUGAUUUUUAACAAUUGGCUUCAACAAGGAUCAUGGAGUGAUGAAUACGUCAAAUCGGAUGAUUUCACAAGUGAUAUUGAUUUUAUCGCAUUGGAUGUCGUACGAAAUUUGAGAGACACUUUUCGAAGAUUUCAACUCACUCAAUCGUAUAAGGAUUGGAAAAUGCAAGCUCGAAAACAACAUGCCUUAUUGAGGAGUGCACUAAAAGCAAAAAAAGUUUCCACUUUGGCUGUUGUGGUUGACACGGCUACCCAAACAGUUGAAGAGAAUAGAAAUUCUCAAACGGUAGUAGCGGAAGAUGCGACUUUGAGUGCAACUAUGGUCGAAUUGAAGGAGAGAGGAGCAGAAAACAAUCAAGAUAAUGACACUUCCAAUCAUGUAUGA